UCGCGGCAAGCAGAGCGGCGGACAGAGGGGGACGGAGGGGUCGGAGCCCGGGAGGAAGAAAGGUGCGGCAAAUGUCACGUCUUGGUGUGAUCAACGGCAAACCUUGAAACGGAGUUACCAAGUGAAAAAGCAAAUGUGCCCCUAUGCGUUUAUUGGCGCGCUUGUGAUUUUGGAUUAAGGCUAGUUUAGGAAUUAAAUCCGCCCGGUUGUCAUUGCAAAGCGGAGACGGGCAACUGAAAACGCCGCCUGCGGAUCUCCGGUGAAACAGACUCUUCGUGACCGGCUUCGGGACGGACCCCUCUGUCGCCUCUGGGUGCGCACGGUUAGGGAGAAAACGGUUCCCGUAAAGUCCCUGACCAACGUGUUUAACAUCUAACGCCACCUCAAACACCUCAUCUUGCGACCGUUUACCUUUCCUCAUCACGAAAUCCCUUCGAGCACCGCAGCCUAUCUCCGAGAAAGCGGCGCAUUCCUAUGCAGAGGCGGGAAGGUCGGGGGCUGAAUCUUGAAGAGGACUGCGGCGGACUGGCGGGCUCGGAGGGGGAAGGAGUUUGUGGGCGCCUCGGAUCCCGUGCCCGGAGGUGGUAGUAAACGUGCCCCCGCGGGUCGCAGACCGACCUCCCCCCCGGUGGAGAUUGCAAAUCAGUUUGCAAACCAGCAGUCAGUCCAGGGCCCCAGGAGAAGCUGGUGUUAAUGCCGCAGGAAUGUAUUCGGAUCCUUCGGGAAGAGAUCUGUUGGGAAAUAGAACCCUGUUUUUCAUAUUUAUUUGUUCCUUCGCUCUGGUUACCCUCCUGCAGCAGAUCCUCUCCGGCAAGAAUUACAUUAAAAGGUACUUCGAGCUGCAGGAAGGCCAUUUCGAGUACAACUCAUCUACGUGCAGGAAGCUGCGGAACGACAUCAUGGAGGUGAAGGUACUCUCCAUGGUGAAGCAGUCCGAGCUAUUCGACCGAUGGAAAACUCUUCAGCUGUGUAAGUGGGAAAGAAACCAGACAGCUACAAACAUCUUUAAAUCCCACCUGAGUCGAUGCUGUAAUGCACCAGCGUUUCUAUUUACAACGCAGAGGAACACACCCCAGGGGGUCAAGCUGAAGUAUGAAGUGGACAGCAGUGGCUUCCUCUUCAUCGACGCAGAGGUUUUUGAAUUAUUUCCAAAGGAAAUGCCAUACUCACGGUCCCAGUUUAAGAAAUGUGCGGUGGUUGGGAACGGAGGAAUUCUGAAGAACAGCAGGUGUGGCAACGAGAUUGAUUCUACGGAUUUUGUGUUCAGGUGUAACUUGCCACCGAUCUCCGAGAAAUACAGCACGGACGUUGGACUGAAGACGGAUAUUGUGACAAUAAAUCCAAGCAUUGUGAUGGAGAGAUUUCAAAAGCUGGAAAAGUGGAGGCGGCCAUUUUACGAGGUCCUACAAGCCUAUGAAAAUGCAUCUGUAGUCAUGCCAGCUUUCUAUAACACCCGCAACACGGAUGUUUCAUUCAGAGUCAAGUAUGUUCUGGACGACUUUGAGUCACAGCAGUCCACGUUCUAUUUCCAUCCCCGCUACCUUGAGAAUGUUUCCCGUUUCUGGAUGAGAUACGGGCUGAGAGCGAAGCGUCUCAGCAGUGGUCUUAUGCUGGUCACUGCUGCAAUGGAGUUGUGUGAAGAGGUCCACCUCUAUGGCUUCUGGGCAUUUCCCAUGGACCCCUCUGGGUUUUACAUCACCCACCAUUACUAUGACAAUGUCAAACCUCGGCCAGGCUUCCAUAAGAUGACUUCUGAAAUCUUCAACUUUCUGCACAUGCACAGCAAGGGGAUUCUACAGGUCCACACAGGGAUUUGUAGCUGAUGUUUGUUACUGUGGAGACAGACACACCUAGAAAUUCUGAUCAGAUAGAUAAAUGCAAUACACAUUGAAAUAUUCAUUGAAAGGGCCACCCUUUCAUCUCAAUGGGUAGAUAAGUAUGCAAUAAUUAGCCUAGUUAUGCUAUCACUGUGAUAAGAAAUACAAAGAUGUCUUCAAUAAAACUUUGACCUUUUAAUAAUCGUUGGUCAAAGGGUUAACAUGAGGUUUUAUGGGAAGUUGUCAGUGGUAUUUCCAGCUGUUUGAUUCUUUAACCAGUUCAAUGUGGAACCUUCUGAGUUUCAGUCCUGGCAGCUGUUGAUUUUCUGCUCGUGACGAUUUUUGUUUAAAGAUGAGCUUUAUUUGUAACAUGUACAUCAAAACAGACAGUGAAACACCAUUUUUUUUGUCAAAUCAAAUCAGUGAAGAUUGUGCUGGGGGCAGCCCGCAAGUGUCGCCACGCUUCUGGCGCCAAAGUAGCAUGCCCACGAUUCACUACCCCGAACCCAUGCCAUGGUAGUGUUGCGGUCCGCACGCCGCCAUUACGGCUCAGGGCGUUCUAGAGUUCAGAGUUCAAUUCUCUGUAACGAACACACACAAAACGAAGAGUCUCGGCCCGAAACGUCGACUGUACCUCUUCCUGUAGAUGCUGCCUGGCCUGCUGCGUUCACUGGCAUUUUUUGCGUGUGUUGCUUGAAUUUCCAGCAUCUGCAGACUUCCUCAUGUUUGCGUCCUCUGUAAGGAGUUUGUACGUUGUCCCUGUGGAUUUCCUCCAGCUCUCCAGUUUCCUCACACAGUCCAAAGGCAGUUAGAUUGUCCUGUGAUUAGGCUAAGGGUUGUUGGACAGUAUGGCUCAUUGGGAGGUGGGGUGGAGGGGUGGCAUUACUGGUCAGGGAUACUAUUACAGCUACAGAAAGGGUGGGGAAUGCUGCAGGAUCCUCUUAUGGGUGGAAGUCGGGAACAGGAAGGGAGCAGUUACUCUAUUGGGAGUACUUGAAAAACUUUUUCACCCAGAGAGUGGUGGAUAUAUGGAAUGCUCUGCCCCAGAAGGCUGUGGAGGCCAAGUCUCUGGAUGCUUUCAAAAAAGAGAUGGAUAGAGUUCUUAAAGUUAGUGGAAUCAAAGGUUAUGGGGAUAAGGCAGGAACAGGAUACUGAUUGUGGUUGAUCAGCCAUGAUCACAGUGAAUAGCGGUGUUGGCUCAAAGGGCCGAAUGGCCUACUCCUGCACCUAUUGUCAAGUAUUGUCUAUUUUAACCAAUUUCCCCCUGGGAUCAAUAAAGUAUGACUAUGACUAUGACUAUUCUAUAGGCCCCCUGGUAGCAGCAGAGAUACUGAGGAGCAGAUUGGGAGGCAGAUUUUGGAAAGGUGCAAAAAUAACAGGGUUGUUAUCAUGGGUGACUUUAACUUCCCUAAUAUUGAUUGGCAUCUGAUUAGCUCCAAUUAUUUAGACAGGGCAGAGUUUGUUAAGUGUGUCCGGGAUGGAUUCUUGUCACAAUAUGUUGACAGGCCGACUAGGGGGAAUGCUGUACUAGAUCUAGUAUUAGGUAACGAACCAGGUCAGGUCACAGAUCUCUCAGUGGGUGAGCAUCUAGGGGACAGUGACCACUGCUCCCUGGCCUUUAGCAUUAUCAUGAAAAAGGAUAGAAUCAGAGAGGAUAGGAAGAUUUUUAAUUGGGGAAGGGCAAAUUAUGAGGCUAUAAGGCUAGAACUUGCGGUGUGAAUUGGGAUGAUGCAGGGAAAUGUACUAUGGACAUGUGGUCAAUGUUUAGGGAUCUCUUACAAGAUGUUAGGGAUAAAUUUGUCCCGGUGAGGAAGAUAAAGAAUGGUAGGGUGUAGGAACCAUGGGUGACUAGUGAGGUGGAAAAUCUAGUCAGGUGGAAGAAGGCAGCAUACAUGAGGUUUAGGAAGCAAGGAUCAGAUGGGUCUAUUGAGGAAUAUAGGGUAGAACGAAAGGAACUUAAGAAGGGGCUGAGGAGAGCAAGAAGGGGGCAUGAGAAGCCCUUGGCGAGUAGGGUAAAGGAAAAUCCCAAGGCAUUCUUCAGUUAUGUGAAGAACAAAAGGAUGACAGGAGUGAAGGUAGCACCAAUUAGAGAUAAAGGUGGGAAGAUGUGCCUGGAGGCUGUGGAAGUGAGCGAGGUCCUCAAUGAAUACUUCUCUUCGGUAUUCACCAAUGAGAGGGAAUUUGAUGAAGGUGAGGACAAUAUGAGUGAGGUUGAUGUUUGGAGCAUGUUGAUAUUAAGGGAGAGGAGCUGUUGGAGUUGUUAAAAUACAUUAGGACAGAUAAGUCCCCGGGGCCUGACGGAAUAUUCCCCAGGCUGCUCCAUGAGGCGAGAGAAGAGAUUGCUGAGCCUCUGGCUACAUCUUUAUGUCCUCGCUGUCUACGGGAAUGGUACCAGAGGAUUGGAGGGAGGCGAAUGUUAUCCUCUUGUUCAAAAAAGGUAGUAGGGAUAGUCCGGGUAAUUAUAGACCAGUGAGCCUUACGUCUGUGGUGGGAAAGCUGUUGGAAAAGAUUCUUAGAGAUAGGAUGUAUGGGCAUUUAGAGAAUCAUGGUCUGAUCAGGGACAGUCAGCCUAGCUUUGUGAAGGGCAGAUCAUGUCUAACAAGCCUGAUAGGGUUCUUUGAAGAGGUGACCAGGCAUAUAGAUAAGGGUAGUGCAGUGGAUGUGAUCUACAUGGAUUUUAGUAAGGCAUUUGACAAGGUUCCACACGGUAGGCUUAUUCAGAAAGUCAGAAGGCAUGGGAUCCAGGGAAAUUUGGCCAGGUGGAUUCAGAAUUGGCUCGCCUGCAGAAAGCAGAGGGUCGUGGUGGAGGAAGUAUAUUUGGAUUGGAGGGUUAUGACUAGUAGUGUCCCACAAGGAUUGGUUCUGGGAAGUCUGCUUUUCGUGAUUUUUAUUAACGACCUGGAUGUGGGGGUAGAAGGGUGGGUUGGCAAGUUUGCAGACAACACAAAGGUUGGUGGUGGUGUGGAUAGUGUAUAGGAUUGUCGAAGAUUGCAGAGAGACAUUGAUAGGAUGCAGAAGUGGGCUGAGAAGUGGCAGAUGGAGUUCAACCCAGAGAAGUGUGAGGUGGUACACUUUGGAAGGACAAACUCCAAGGCAGAGUACAAAGUAAAUGGCAGGAUACUUGGUAGUGUGGAGGAGCAAAGGGAUCUGGGAGUACAUGUCCACAGAUCCCUGAAAGUUGCUUCACAGGUAGAUAGGGUAGUUAAGAAAGCUUAUGGAGUGUUAGCUUUCAAAAGUUGAGGGAUAAAGUUUAAGAGUCGUGAGGUAAUGAUGCAGCUCUAUAAAACUCUGGUUAGGCCACACUUGGAGUACUGUGUCCAGUUCUGGUCGCCUCACUAUAGGAAGGAUGUGGAAGCAUUGGAAAGGGUACAGAGCAGAUUUACCAGGAUGCUGCCUGGUUUAGAGAAUAUGCAUUAUGAUCAGAGAUUAAGGGAGCUAGGCUUUUACUCUUUGGAGAGAAAGAGGAUGAGAGGAGACAUGAUAGAGGUAUACAAGAUAUUAAGAGGAAUAGAUAGAGUGGAUAGCCAGUGCCUCUUCCCCAGGGCACCACUGCUCAAUACAAGAGGACAUGGCUUUAAGGUAAGGGGUGGGAAGUUCAAGGGGGAUAUUAGAGGAAGAUUUUUUACUCAGAGAGUGGUUGG